UUGUAACUUUCCUCCCACUUGCUAUUCUUCAACACUGAAACCAAAAUCAACAAUAAUAAUAACAGUACAAACAAGUGGUAGAUCACAAUUUGUUCUUAAAAGAUCAAUCUGCCUCUCUUUUCAAGAAUGAUUCAAGUUUGAAUAUGAUAGUAUAUUUGCUGAAAAAAGUUGUACUGAUGCUCGUAUACUUGGUUAAAAGCAAGAAAGGCAUGCGGAUAACUGCCCCCAAUGACCUCUCCUGGUUUCUUCUAAUUUUUCCCCUGAUUUUCCAGGUGAUUUCUGGCGCCACCGAUUCGAUAGAAGCUGGUAAAAGCAUCAGAGAUGGUGAGACAAUCGUUUCAUCAGGUGGGAAGUUUGAGCUGGGAUUCUUCAGCCCUGGAAAUUCCAGGAACCGGUACGUGGGCAUGUGGUUCAAGAAUAUAACAGUUACGACGGUUGUUUGGGUGGCCAACAGAGACCUUCCUCUCACAGAUAAUUUAGGCGUGUUGAAGCUCAUUCAGCCUGGAAUCCUUGUCCUUCUCAACGUCACAAAUGGCACCGUUUGGUCCUCCAAUGCGUCCAGGGCCGUGGAGAACCCUGUUGCACAGUUGCUGGAAUCUGGGAAUCUCGUAGUGAGGGAUGGAAAUGAUCACGACGGGCAGGAGAAUUUGCUUUGGCAGAGCUUUGAUCAUCCGACUGAUACGUAUUUACCAGGUAUGAGUUUAGGAUGGAACUUUGUUACUGGUAAAGAGACUUAUCUGUCAUCCUGGAAGAGCAAUGAUGAUCCAGGGACAGGAGAGUUUAGUUUUCACCUGGAUCCCACUGGAUAUCCGCAACUGCUCAUUCGAAAGGGUUCAGCUGUGCAGAGUAGAAUUGGGCCCUGGAAUGGAAUUCGCUUUCCAGGGCCACCGAACCCGAAGGAAGAUCCUACUUACAGCCUAACAUUUAUGAUGGAUGACGAGAAGGUUUACUACAGGUCGGAUUCUGUAGAUGGAUCUUUCGUUUCCAGGUAUACGAUCAAUCAGAGUGGCGUUUCGCAAAGGUGGACGUGGGUUGACCGUACUCGUGGUUGGGUGCUCUACUUCAGCUUGCCGGCUGAUAUUUGCGAUACUUACAAUCUCUGUGGUUCAUUCGGUAGUUGCAAUGUUGGGAGCUCUCCGUCGUGCGAGUGCCUCGACAGGUUCGUCCCGAAAGAUCCAGAUGGAUGGGUUAGAGCAGAUUGGUCGAAUGGGUGCGUCCGCAGGACGAAUUUGAGCUGCCAGGGGGAUGUUUUCUUGAAGUAUUCAGGGAUUAAAUUGCCAGAUGCACAACGUUCCUGGAACAAAGCCACAAUGACACUCGAUGAAUGUAGACAAGAAUGUUUGAGGAACUGCUCUUGUACGGCGUACACGCAGUUGGAUAUAAACAAAGGAAACGGAUGCCUGAUUUGGUAUGAAGAUCAGUUGAUUGAUAUCAGAACUAUGACUCAGGAUGGACAAGCCAUUUACAUCAGAAUGGCGGCUUCCGAGGCUGAUUCAGGAGGAAAGAAAAGAGAAGUAGUACUGAUAGCCAGUUUAGUGUCAGUGAUGGGAGUUGUUCUUUCAGGGCUUAGCUUGUUUCUGUGUCUUUGGAAGAUCAGGAAGAAUGAUUCAAAACUGAGUAAACUAGGAAAAUACAAGUGUGAUGAGAAACACCCGGAUCUCCCGUUCUUCAACUUAUCUGUUAUUCUGAAAGCUACUAAUCACUUUUCUCAGAGCAACAAGCUUGGGGAGGGUGGAUUUGGUCCUGUUUACAAGGGAGUGCUGGAGGAGGGACAAGAAAUUGCUGUCAAACGGUUAUCCAAGGAAUCCAGGCAAGGCCUCGACGAAUUAAAGACCGAACUGAUUUUCAUCGCCAAACUCCAGCAUCGGAAUCUUGUUAAGAUUCUAGGCUGCUGCAUCCAGGGAGAUGAAAGUAUGUUGAUCUAUGAAUAUAUGCCUAACAAAAGCCUGGAUGUCAUUUUAUUUGAUCAAACAAAAAGUAGGUUACUUGAUUGGCCGAAACGCUUCCAUAUCAUCAACGGGAUCGCUAGGGGACUCCUAUAUCUCCACCAAGAUUCCCGGUUGAGAAUUAUCCAUCGGGACCUUAAAGCCGGCAACAUAUUGCUCGAUGCUGAAAUGAAUCCAAAGAUAUCAGACUUCGGCCUGGCAAGGAGUUUUGGAGGGAACCAGACGGAAGCUCAAACACUCCAUGUUGUUGGAACAUACGGAUACAUGUCUCCCGAAUAUGCAGUAGAAGGUCUGUUUUCAAUAAAGUCAGACGUGUUUAGCUUCGGCGUCCUAGUGCUAGAAAUUGUGAGUGGAAAGAGAAAUAGAGGAUUUUCUCACAGUGAUCACAGUCUCAACCUUCUUGGCCAUGCCUGGAAACUUUACAAAGAAGGGAGGUCACUGGAACUAGUCGAUGCUUCUCUAGAUCACAAAAUUUACUCGCCUGAGGUGGUGAGAUCGAUCCAAGUCGGCCUGUUGUGUGUGCAGCAAAAUCCAGAAGACAGGCCAACCAUGUCGUCUGUCGUUCUCAUGUUAGGCAAUGAGGGCGAAAUUCCACAAGCCAAGAAGCCUGGUUUCUUCACCGAACGAGAUGUUCUUGCUAGUCAGAAUUCGAGUAGCACCGACGCGGCAAAUUCGCGGAAUGAAGUUACCAUUACAAUGCCAGAGCCUCGAUAGGAAACAAUUCGUACAUAUAGCCAGAAAAUUGCAGUUUUGGUCUCAAAGUAUAGAAUGAUUUGCUAUAUUAGUCUUAUAUUAUCUGAAAUAACCAAUAUUAAUCCCACACUUUAGGAAAACGUUAUAAAGUUAGUCCCAACGUAAAAAAAUUGCAAGUAUUGGGACUAACUUUGUAAUUUUUAGGACUAAUUUUGCAAUAUUUUUUUAAAGUGCGGAACUAACUUUCCAACAUCUUUCUAAUGUAUGAAACUAAUGUU